AGCUUCUGCCCUUCGCCGUGCGUUUUGUGCUGCUUGUUCCUCGUCGCCUCCGCGUGAAGAUGGAUUACGAGAACAAGCUCGUCCUUGCUCCCAUGGUUCGAGUUGGGACGCUGCCAUUUAGAUUGCUAGCUGCAGAAUAUGGCGCGGAUAUUACUUACGGGGAGGAGAUUAUCGAUCAUAAAAUGCUCAAAUGUGAGCGCAGAGUUAACGAAUGCAUUGGCACCACUGAUUUUGUGGAGAAGGGAACAGAGAAUGUUGUUUUCAGAACCUGCAAUCAAGAAAGAAAUCAAGUAGUGUUCCAAAUGGGCACUUCUGAUGCAGUGAGGGCUCUAGCAGCUGCUCAGAUUGUGUGUAAAGAUGUUGCUGCAGUAGACAUCAACAUGGGCUGCCCAAAGUCCUUUUCUGUGAGUGGAGGCAUGGGUGCUGCAUUAUUGACGAAACCUGAGCUCAUUCAUGAUAUUUUGACGACAUUGAGGAGGAACUUGGACAUACCAGUGACAUGCAAGAUUCGGCUUUUAAAAUCAUCACAGGAUACAGUAGAGCUAGCCAGGAGAAUUGAGAAAACUGGUGUUUCUGCUUUGGCUGUCCAUGGAAGAAAAGUUGCAGAUAGGCCAAGGGAUCCAGCCAAGUGGAAUGAGAUUGCUGAUAUUGUAGCUGCAUUGUCAAUUCCAGUUAUUGCAAAUGGUGAUGUCUUUGAAUAUGAUGAUUUUCAACGCAUUAAAAUUGCAACAGGUGCUUCAUCUGUGAUGGUGGCCAGGGGAGCUCUUUGGAAUGCUUCAAUUUUCUCUCCCAAAGGCAAAGUGCAUUGGGAAGAUGUGAAAAGAGAGUAUGUUAGAAAGAGCAUCUUAUGGGAUAAUGAUGUUAAAAGCACAAAGCAAACGUUGAAGGAGAUGAUAAUGCACUAUUCCUGCCUUGAACUCCCAGAGGGAAAAGCUGUGAUCAAGGCUGAAAACUUGGCAGAUCUGGCGCAGCUUUACGGGGAGGAAAAAUACUAUCAGUUUGUUGCGGAUAACAGGUCAGUAGAUAGAUUGUAGAUGAACUUCAUGGUAGAAAUAACCCAAAACUGUUAGGCUGAGGCUGCCAGUCCCCAUGACCAAAAAUUUUGCCGUGUUUGUAAUGUUUCAGUCUUAAAAAUUUUGGAUAUAUAUGUAACAUAACUUGUAACAUUAUGGGACUGAAUCCCUAAUCUUCUUGCUGAUUUCAACGUUAGAGUAUGGAUUACGUUUAUGACAUUGUCCGAGGUAUAUAGAAACUUGUUUCUCAAUUAUUCAUUGUAUUAGCUUUGGAAUUGGGAUUUACUGUGUUUUAGCUUCUAAGCGUGGUCAUUAAUGCUAUAGAAUACUUCUUGUGAAGAAAGUGAAGGGAAAAUU